AACCCCAAAACUCCCAAAUCAACCCAUUUUCUCCCUCUCUCAAGCAAAGAAAGAAGCAUCAUUUCUCAUCCCCAUCUCGGUCAAAUCCAUGGAGAUCGCGCAGAAGCUUCUGAACUUCAAGUACCAAAUACUCAUCGGAGUCACUCUCGUCGCCGCCGUCUCCUCUCUCAUCAUCCUCUCGCCUUCUUUCCUCACCAUUCUCGCCUACUUCUGGCCACUCCUCCUCUCCACCGUACUCUUCCUAAUCGCCGUCGUCUUUUUCGGAAAGACCUCCGUUCCACCUGGCUCGGACUCCGCUGCUGAGAAUGCCGGUGAAGGACUCCUCAACUACGUCGCCGGCCAGCCGGAACUUGCCUUUGACAGUUACAGGUCCGAGUAGCUUAGUUCGUAAGCCUAAUAACCCUGAUGUCGUUGUUGUUUUUUAUAUAAUUUUCUAGUAUUUUCUGUACUACAUAAUUUGAACUGUAAAUUGCCUGAAAAAUAAAAAUUAGUAGUUAUU